GACUCUGCAACGCCUGUUAUCGUGCGCGCCGACUGCAGCCAUGCCACUUAUUCACGAAUCCUACGACUCCCUCCCUUAUGUCGACACACCCGUCGAUGACGCGACCCUCGCCGUGGCGCGAGCCACCAUCGAUGCCGAGAUCAGAAGCGCAGGCGUAGACACCUCAGACCUCCACCCGGCGCUCAUCCCUGCCGCGAAAUACACACCCAAGUUCUCAGACUUCAUCGAGCGCGAACACGCGCGCCUCGACGACGACCCAACCUCCAAGCUCUCAGGCAUUGACAUGAAGCGCUACGAAGACCUCGACGCUCCAGAGAACACGACACCGACCAGCGACGAGGACAAGCCAGAGCUGCUGCAGCAGUGGAACAAAGCCCUGAAACAGGCAUAUACGAGCUCAGAGUACGUCGAAGCGAGGCUGGUACAAUUGGGUCUGCUGGAAAAGUACGGCAAGAAUGCGUGGUUGGUAGGAAAUUCGCAGCUUGAGGACAUCUUGAAGGACAUUGAGACGGAGUUGGCCGAUGUGAGGAAGCAGCAGGAGGAAGUCGAUGGUCUGAGGAGAUCGCAACAGGAGAGUGUGCAUGGCGAGAUCAAGACGCUGGAGGAAACGUGGAAGAAGGGCGUGGGGCGGGUACUGGAGACGGAGGUCGCAGCCGAAGGAUUAAAGCAGCAGAUAUUGGAGCGACGACGAGCUGGCGCGGCUUGAGAGUAUAUGCCAACAUAUUUUCUGGAGACUUCACGACGAGAUCAGGAGCGACAGGAAUAGCAACAACGAUACCCAUGUUCGGCACAUAAUCAGCGGUUCACUACGUCCGUCCAGACCAGACAUCGCCCGAACGCAGAUGAAAAGUGCUUCUGGAUCACAGGGUUGCAAAUCGUUCGACGUAACCCUUAAGAUGAACCAAGCCAGGGGCUGGAGAUAGUGGGACGAGACAGCACGAGGAUUGGGAUGUGUAGAUGAGAGUGCAGGAGGUCGCAGAUUGCUGCUGCAAUGCUGGGUCUAUUCUCUAUGUGUAUUGAAGUAACACGCAAUACACAUCAUGAGGAACAUCGAUAAAAGGUUCAUAAUUUAUAGAUAAAAACACCUCAAAGCUUACCCGAAAUCAAAGUACCACCAUCCAAG